AUGGAUAAUGACUAUUAUGACUUUCUUGAUCAUUCAAUAGAUUAUAAGCCAAAAAAGAGAGGAUAGAGAGCUUUGACUGAUUAAGAAAUCAUAUUGAGAGAAAGAAUGAAACUUGUUAAAAAUAGAGAAUCAGCAAAAAAUAGUCGAAAAAGAAAAAAAAUGUAUGUGGAUAUUCUAGAAAAUAAAGUAGCUGGUCUAAAUUAAUAGUUAGAAUAAUAUAAAUAACUAUAAGAGUCAAGUUAAGAAGUAUUACGAAGCACUUAAAUUUAAUUAUUGUUUGGAAAACCACAAAGCUCUUAAAAUUAAUUGAAUCAUUACUUCAAUGAAAUUAUUGAGCAAGCAAUCCCUAAAAUAGCCUUACAUUUAAAAUCAAAUAAAUCAAAUCCAGGCCUGGAGUUGUGUUUUUAAAAUUUUUAUAAUUGCUUCAAUGAUCUAAAUAUUAUCAAAGAAGAGAUGAUUUAAGAAUUAAAAUAAACGGAGGAAACUAUGAAAACUGUAAAAGAAAUUCCAGAAUUCUAGAAAUUUAUUGAGCAUGUUAAUUAGCUUGAUUAUAAGGUUUAAUUAGACAAUAUAGAAGAAGAAUUGGGAACAAUCAUUAAAUCAAAUGAUUUAAUGCUCUCUGUUAGAGAAAUCUAUGAGUUAUACAAUUAAUCCAUACAAUUUGCAAAGAAGCCUAAACUAAAUUGA